AACCGGUCAGGCGAGUCAGUGGCGUUUGCAUCUUGAGCGCUUGGUGUAGAGACGCGUGUUGUUGGCUAGCUGUAAGCCGCAGCGUUAAGUCGACGAUUAUUCACCGGUAUAUGGUCGCACUUAAUAACUCUUUUCUUCCGCUGGUUGUGCGGAAACCAUUUCUGAGCUUAGUAUUUUUUUUAUCCCUUUCCAUAUCCGAAGGUGAAAGCAGAUGGCUCUCCAGCAGACGACCGAAAAUCCGCAGGCUUCCGCGGAAGACGACUACCCGACAUAUAUUCAGGAAUUAGCCAAUGGCUAUCGCAAAUCGAAGAUCCUGUUUACAGCCUGCGAGCUGGGGGUGUUCGAUCUCCUUGAGGACACCCCGGACCGUGCCGGCAUGACGGUUGCAGCGUUGGUGGCAGAGAUGGGGCGAGUAGGAGAACAGCAACAGCAGCAGCAGGGUGCAGGAAGAGAAGAAGCGGUGAGCAAGGACGGUCUGGAGCGACUGGUGGACGCCUGCGUUGGGCUGGGCCUGCUGAGAGUGAGCAUACACGAGGGAACAGUGAUUUACCGCAACACGGAUCAAGCGAGCACCUACUUGGUCCGGUCCAGCCCCAAGUCCAUGCACGACGUCAUGAUAUUCAACUCGCACACUAUCUACCCCUUGUUUCAGACUCUCCCAUCGGCUGUGAGAGAAGGCAAACACCAGCAUAAAAAAGCUUUUGGAGUACAAUCCGAGGACCUAUUUGAGGCCCUGUACCGGACAGAGGAGGAGAGGAUGAAGUUCAUGCGGUUUUUUUAUUCCGUCUGGUCAAACGAUGGACCCUAUAUCCUCAAUGCCUUCGAUCUCUCCUCCUUCAAGGAUGUCUGUGACGUUGGAGGAGGCACGGGUGUUUUGGCUCAGCAGUUUGCCAGAAUGUACUCCGAUGCUCGGGUGACCCUGUUCGACCUCCCAGAGGUUUUGGAAGUUGCACAGAAGCACUUCCUCUCCUCCGGCAACGUGAAGCUGCACGCAGGUGACUUCUUCAAGGGCAAGAUCCCUGAGGGCGACCUGUACAUCCUGGCGCAGGUUUUACACGACUGGAAAGAAGAGAAGUGCCUGACGCUGCUCCGCAACAUCCACUCCAGCUGUCGGCCAGGCGGAGGGGUUCUUAUCAUCGAGACUCUGCUGAGGGAAGACCGGACCGGGCCAAUAACCGCACAGAUUCACUCUGUCAUCAUGCUGAUGCACACCAUGGGGAAGGAGCGGACGGCCACGGAAUACACGGAGCUGCUUACCAAGGCUGGGUUUCGUGACGUCCGCGUGGCCCACACGGGCAAGACGUUUAAUGCAGUUCUCGCGCGAAAGUGACGCUCGACGAGUAAAAACCGUCGCCAGAAAAAAAAACCCGAUUUGGUUAAUGGGAGAUAUUUUUUUUUUGGAUGAGUUUAAAAAUAAAUUUCAACAAAACUGGCGAUAAUUUUUUUUUACGCACGUUUUUAUUCGAAACGACUUUCACGCAUGCAGAUAUAAUCGCUUUCCGAUUUAAACUCGCGCCAAAGUUUGUCUGUCAAGCACUGGCCUAUAACACAGUUCAAUGAUGCAUGCAUGCUUGGGGUCACUCUGAUCUCUGAUGGAAAUGGGUGCUUGGGAAUAAAACUAACAAAAAAUAAAAAUUGUGGCUUCUUAAACGAAUGUCUCACUCCUAAUUAGCCAAUGUUAACCCUUGUGGGACCAUCUGGUCACAUAUAUAGCACCCUCUCGUGUGAUGGCCAUUGGGUCGUCCAUUCCAGUCAAGAUUUACUUGGCUUGAAUUCGAGUUAAUUUGGGGCUUACGGUGACGAUUCGAUUAUUAAAAAAAUUGGUUUGCCCAUUAA